AGGCCGACAUCAGACACUAUUUGGAAAGAAAUAUCGGUUUUGAAGCCGUUAUGAGAAUGCGUUGCACUCGAGGCAUAUCUAUUCAUACAUUUCACGGAAACUUUUUUGUCCGCUCAACUGAUUUGUUAGCGCUUCCGAACGUGAAUCCCGACUCUGGUUAUGGACUACAGAUAAGCAUCGAUGAAGACCUUAAAGACUACACGAAUGUCUGCUUUCAAGCGGCAAUUCUGUACACAUCAGCCAACGGUGAAAGACGUAUUCGAGUGCAUACUCUGUCUCUUCCAGUGGUGACCACAAUAGGAGAUGUGAUUCAUUCUGCAGAUCAGGAGGCGAUCAUUGGUCUCUUGUCGAAGAUGGCUGUCGACAGAAGUCUUACGGGUUCGAUGUCUGACGCCAGGGAAGCGCUAAUCAAUGCAGUCGUCGAUAUUUUGAAUACAUACCGAGCGGUGAGCAGUGGGGCAGCCGGUGGUGCACUCGUCACCGCUGCCUCUACUCGGCUGUUGCCUCUCUAUGUCUUAGCC